CACAAUGUACGCUAGCUAGGUAGCCGCUCGCGAAGAAGCCGCGCCACCGCGGUCUCCCAUCGCCGGUCAGCCGGGCUUCCUUUCCUCCUGUCCACCACCCACCUCCAUCGAUCUGGGUCACGUCAACGCGCCACCACCCAUCCUCAUCUCCCUCUAGCCCACCGGUUUCUCCUCACGCACCAAUUCUGCUGAGGCCCAUGCAUGAAUUCAUGCAGCCUAGAAAUACACACAACCUGUUGAUGCAUCCUCUCUUCGUCGACCUGCAAAUUCUAAUUCGUUCGUUCGUCUCUGACGAAACAAGAUCGAGAAGGUCAUCGUCAACCUCUGUCUGAGUGCAACGCCCACAAUGCAAAUGGCAGGGUCGUCGUCGUCGUCGUCCCGCUCCGUCCUGCUCCUCGUCGUCCUCGCCGCGGCCGUGGUGGCCGCCUUGUCCGCCGCGCCCGCGCCGGACGAGUCCGGCUCCGACGCGAGCGUUAUGGCACCCGUCGAGCACACCCCGGUCGGCUCCUUCGAGGGCGCCGACGGGCCCGUCGCCGACGACGCCACGGAGGACAAGGACGCCGCGCCCGUGGGGUCCCCCAUCGGCACGACCAUGACGGAGCCCAAGCCGGAGCUCGCGCCCCCGGGCCCUCCCGACAGCGGAGCCACCGCUGCUUCCGCGCUCGUGGCUGCUGUUGCCGCCGCCGUGGCGGCCGCCGGCGCCGCCUUUGCCUUCUGAGAGGAGGGCGUGGGUGCAGCACGCACGCACGUACCUUGUUUCCUUCCUCUUUUCAUUUCUCUUUCAUUCAAUCACUUGAUGAGGCUCUGUGAGGGACAGCGUGAAAGCAAGCCUAUUGUUACUGACUAAUUGACGGGAAAUUCCUAGUAUCGGCCAGGUUAAUUAUUAGUUUCUUUUGUGUAGAAGUAGUGCUACCAAAAUGUAAUAGUCCAAUUCUUUUGUUGUAUCUCAAUCCAUCAAUGAAACCCUAGUCUAAUUU